AUGCUCUCUGUGGACCAGGGCCACCAACACGACUCCGAGUCGCAACGUCUAACUCCUCAGAUACAGGAGUCAGACCACGACUCCGAGACAUCUUAUUCCGAGGGUGGUCGACCGGGUCGAUUCUACGCUUCGAGUUCGAUCAAAGAAUCAGAAGCAGGGUUCUCUACGAGCACAUCUUCAACCCGAGUAUCGCUUCUUCAAGAACGUCAUAAUGAAUGCUGUCCCAUCAUUAACGGCAUUCAAAAAGGACUUCGGAAUGUAAUACGGCUCCGACCAAAACGACUACAUCCCAUCAAUGUGGUUCUCCCUCUGGAGUGCAUUGGACUGCGCUGGACAGAUACUCGGUGCACUAGGUUCCCCAUCCUAGCAGGACCGCUCAGGCCGACGGAUCCCAAUGAUCGUCGGAUGUGUCGUCUCAGCCGGCGCCGGAUCGUUUACACGGCGAAUCUAGCCUCCACCAUUAACGCUCGACGAGGCAUUUUCCUCAUUGGCGAGGUUAUCCAGGGUGCAUCGCUGGGAACUCUGGCGGCAGCUGCGCAAACUUAUAUCUCUGAGACUAUACCGACGAGUCUGCGUGGUUCAGUGAUGGCUCUGUACCCGACGUUUAUUUUACUGGGCCAGCUUGUCAGCGCGGCGGCGUGCUUUGCUUCGUCUGAUGGUGAUGCAAGUAGUUCGUAUCUGGUCACCUUCAUCUCAAUGUGGCCGUUCUCCGUCGUCUCGCUCAUUUUCAUCGUGCUUGUUCCGGGAGCCCUUCUUUUCUUUUGCGGAGCGGAGUCUCUUGCGAGAGAGACGGCGGAAAGCUCGAAGGUUUCCUAUCGGGAUUGCUUUCAACGCUCGGAUCUUCGACGGACGCUAAUUGUCUCCUUUGUUUCGAGGAUGCCGACUUUGUUUGAUUUUUCGCUGCUGUCCGAUGCUAGCUAUUUCCUUCCGAUUGUCGGGAUGGAUGAUAAGAGCAGUCUAAUGAUGUUUGUCUUGGGUGCGCCGGAUGCUCAUAUUGAGCUCGUUGUCUGUGACCUCGCUUCUUUCGCUGGGAAUGAGUAUUUCUGGCUUUUUGUCGAGCACUGUGCCCAUCUGGUAUACGGCCGUCACGAUGAUGUUCAUCGUCAUAAUUUGCGGAGUCGGCGCCUGGCCCGCGUCAUACUCAGUAGCGGGCGAAACAUCCUCUCUGCGACUGAGGGCCAAACGCAAGGUAUCAGCACGAUUGUCGCGGAUAUUGCGAGCAUUGUCUUCGGUUUUGUCUUGCCAUAUGUCUAUAACAAAGACGCUACGAAUCUAGACGCCAAGACGGGCUUCCUGUUCUUCGCGAUCUGUGCGUCGACGGUCACUGUGACUUGGUGGGCGGUUCCGGAGAUGAUGGGACGGUCGAGUAUGGAGAUUGAUCAUAUGUUCAAGUUGGGACUGCCGGCGAGGAAGUUUCACGAUUGGCGGGAGAGGGAUGGGAUGGAUGAUAUGGUGGGGAUGAUUGGACAUGGACAUUAA